AUGAGUCAACAACAACAACAACAACAACAGACAGCAGAUAAUAAGGAUGUAGAUACUUUGUUGUCGACAGAGAGCUACAAGGGCAUGUUCACCAGUCGUCUGACAGACCUCUGGACAAAGAUCAAACGAUUCCAAUACGCCAUCGAUCAGUACGACCUCAUUGAGAUGCAUCUGUGUCAGCUGUUUGGCGAGCUGCAGGCGGUGAUCGAAGCGCUCACACUGGAUGUGCGCAGCCAACUGGCCAACAGCAAGACGGCCACAAAGAAUGCCAUUGUGUCUAUGCUUAAGGAGACGCGUGACAUCAACACGAUGAUCCUCACGAUGGACAGCCACACUGCUGGCGGCGGUAGCAAUAACAAUGGCAGCAGUGGCAGUGGAAGUGCUGGUGGCAGUGACGACCCCACCUUGAAGCGCAAGUUUGGCGAACUCGACCAGAGUGACGAGCUCGAGAAUGACGCUGGUGACUUUGAAAUCAACAUCGACCGAAUGCUCGAGUCGAUUCGUCGCUCCGACUCAAUGUUUGAGUUCAUGGGCGAGAACAACGAGGUGCUGAUCACUAACGCCAAGAAAGACAAGCACAAGUCACUCAAGAUGAUACAGGACCUUCACAAGAACAUGUCCAUCACGGACAGCAACAACGGUCCUCCAAGCUACACCAUCGGCACGGAUAUCCAGAAGCUAGUAUACCUCAAGACGCUCCUUGGUACAAUCCAACCAUUAUGUUUGGUUGAGCAUAAUGACAAUGCCAACAUCAACGCCAACCCCAUUGUCGCAAGCAACAGCAGCACGAAUGGCAAUCUGAAUGGUAGUGACGGCGCAGGUGGCAAUGGAAGUGGCAAUGGCAACAGUGGCAAUAGUAUCGAAGUAUUUGAACCAAUAGUUGCCUCGGACAAACAUAGUACUGUUUCAAGCGAGCCAAGCAGUAGCACUAUCGAGCGUACAUUACAGAUGCACUCAUCAAUGAACAGCGAUGAAGGGCUCUUCACACUCUCACCUCCACUUUCAUCAAGUGAGCUCGAGCUCAAAUCACCAUCACAGUCCGACAACGUCAUCACCAGCAGCAAUAGCAUCAACAACAACAACACAGACACACUAAUGUUGGAUGAUAUAAACAGAGAUAACACCACCAACAACAACAACGACGACAAAAACAACAACAACAAGAAUGGAGACAAUGGAACAAAUGGUAACAACAUAAAUUUGCGUCUAAGCGGUAGCAGCACAACCAACGGAGGUACGAGCACAAGCAGCACAAGCAGCACAAACAGCACAAACAACACAAGCAGCACAAGCAGCACAAACAACACAAGCAGUAGUAGCAGGCCUGCAGGAUUCAGCUCUGAUGAGAAGUACUCAACAAAUAGCGACAGAGAAUCACCUUCUAAAAAGUUGAAGACAAUUGAUCUGAAAAGUUCAGGAUCAUCACGUAACACUCCAGAGAUGAAGAGCUCUGGCAGCACAGGAGACCUACGAAAGAGUAGUAGCACAAGCCAGUCGUCAUCAUCGACCGAGCUAAGGGGCACUGGCAGUGGCGCUACCGACCCCAGGCUCAUGAAGGAGCUCUCACUGUCAACCAGCAGUGUGUCCAGCAGUUCGUACACCUACGAGAAGGUGUUCACCGUGGGCAAGGAGGGUGGCUAUCUGUUCAACUUCAAGACGCUGAGGUGGUCACAGAUUGGCGUCAAGGACAACAUCUCCCUGAGGAAGUACUCUAUCCACUCGGUCAUCUCCACACACAACUACCUGUAUGUGUUUGGAGGAAGCACAUCAUCCGACACGUACUCGCGCUACUACAAGGGCAAGAGAAUAGAGCUCGAUUGCACGGGCAAGAUCUACGGUGGCAAGGGUGGCGAAGCGAUCGCCGCCUGCUACGACAACCGAAAGACGAUAUACCUGGUGGGCGGACAGUACGACGGCUUCACAUUGUUGCGCGUCGUCAGCAUGAACACCGAGACCAAGGAGUUCAAGUGGGUCUGCGAGUUUGAGUACAGCCGGUCGGGCCAGUACGCCUUCUUCCACAACGGCCUCAUCUAUGUGGUGGGUGCCAAUGCCGAGUCGUCCAAGACGUCGGACGAGCUGGCCAUCUGGGCGGUGACGCCUGACUCUGGCAAGCUAACUCUGGUGAUGAAUGAUUGUCGUAUCAACACCAAAACUACCAAACAACUGGUGGCCUGUUGCUUCGAUGGCAAAGACCUCAUCUACAUACUGGACGCCGAGAACUACUUCUACACGAUAUCAAUCACAACGCUGCACAAGUCAUUGCACAAAUCACCAACAUAUCGUUUCAUCACAGGUGAUCAGUACACCAUGAUCCUAUUCAACAACAAGACUACACUAAUGUUCAUUGGAGGUCGAGCACAUGGCAAUCAAGUGUACUCUAUCAAGGACAACUUCUGGACCGUUAUCAAGGAUAAUGACCGUGUGGAUCGAUGCUCAAAUGGUGCUGUACUCUUUGAAGGAUACUAA